CCCAGGCCCGCAAAGGACAAGUCAUCCAAGGGCAAGAAGUCUCCUAGGCGCUCCGAUGACGAAAAAACCCCCGAGCAGAGCCCGAAGAGCAAGAAGCCUCGUGUGCUGUCACUGUUCGGAGGCCCGAUCUCUCAGUCAGAUGAUGUUGGCGAUGAUGCCGACGAUGAGGCGCCACCUAAGACUCUAGCGCAGGGCAUGGAUAUGCGAAUGUCCAGUCUUACGCUCGAUCAACAACAAGAAGAAGACAACGGUGAAGGCCCUUCUAGACCGAGCUUCAACCUAGCUGCUACCCUUGGACUUUCAGACAACGAUAGCCCGAGAGGAUCACCCGCACCGUCGGCCGUCAGCAUGGAGGACGAAGUUCCGGCUGAAGACCCCGUGGUCUCAUAUGGGCUGCGAAAGAACAUCGACAGGCAGGUUGUGCCAGUUACGUGGGUUGACGUCGACCAGAGCGGCAACUAUGACCCGGAAGAGGAGCGGCAGAAAGCCAAGGCGGCCAAGGCAAAGAAGAGGAAAGGCAAGCAGAAAGCAGUGCCGAAUGAGCGGCACAUUAAGUGCAUUGUGCGGUUGCCAUUCAAGGCAAUCGGCACGGUCGAGAACAUUACCAACCGCGAAGAGAACUGGCCAGACAACUGGUCCAUGAUCGAUUCGGAGGACGAACGCGAGCUGCAAGAAUUCAGGGCUUUCUACCGCCGCAGGACGCCUGGCGUAGAAGCUCAAGUCCCCAUCGAAGAUCCAAAAGGCGAGUAUGAUGAUCUCACCGGACACCCUGUGGCUCGAGGCUGUCAGGGUUGCAGGCGGCUUGGCCAAGACUGCUCUAUGGUCGAGAAUGGCGGAAUGCCGUGCUCGCAGUGCUUCGAAGACGGAAUCGAGUGUCACCCAAUCGCUGAACAGGAGCAGCGCGUCGACCUAAAUAGCAUCCUGUACGGACCAGACAGGACAUGGGUUCCUUGCACCUACUGCCGACUUCACAAGAAGCGUUGCUCGCUCAAAACGAAGGAGGACCAGCCGCCGUGCAAAUACUGCAAGAGGAACGGGAUUGGCUGCACUUUCUACGACUUGCCGAACCUAGAGAUGCCCAAGAAAGGUGGCAAGAAGAAGGCGGUGCAGGCUGGCAUCGCCAGUUCGUCUGCUCCAAAUAUCGCGCCGGAGGUUUCCAUGCCAGGCUCAGACAUCUUCGACGCUGAGGAUCUCGCGGACUUGGAACGUGAGGAUGAGGAGGAGUUGGUCCGAGAAGAGACGCCAGAAAUAGAGAUGGAGGAUGCCGAGGGUCGCCGCGGCAUUUUGACAGAGAUCCAGACCUCUUUCGCUCAUCCCAUCAAAUUCAGCACCUUGGAGAGUUCUUCAAUCUGCAGCUUCUGCGAGAUGCCUUCGUUCGGAUUUACGGGCCAUUUCGAAAAGACGGUCCAUGUCCUGAGAUGGAACAAUGGCCUUGGAUACACGGAGCUCGCAGCCGGACACCGCGAAGAUAACGACGCAACCAUUAUGUGCCAGGAGUGCGUCAUGCAGAGGGUGCAGACGAUAUACUGCCCGGCCCAUGGGAUCCGGCGAAUUGAGAACUUGAGUCUCGACUACGACGAAGCUGUCAAUCAGCUGAUCACCGCUGAGCCAGGCUCCAUGAUGAUGCGACAUGAGCUGCAGCGCUGGUGCUCGUUGUGCUUCUCGCUCGCCGUAUUCAAGUGCGGCACCGUCCAGCCUUCAAUCAUGGACCAAGGCGAUGAUGACCAGGCUCUAAUCGAGGGCUGCGGACUCCGCCUCUGCGAGCCUUGCGAGAGGAAGCUCCGUGAGGAUUAUAGCGGCGAUCUCGAUGAGAUGGCAACGGUUUGUGACAACGAACCGAAAGCGAGAGUUGACAGCGAAGACGGUCAGGUAGUCAUCCGUGCGGACGUUGGUUUCUUGAGGAAAGAGGGGCUGCUUAUGGCGAAUGUGGGGCACAACGCUGGCGAU